AUGGCGGACCUGGCGAACGAAGAAAAGCCUGCCAUUGCUCCGCCCGUCUUUGUGUUUCAGAAGGAGAAAGGACAAAAGUCCUCUGCAGAGCAAAAAGACUUGUCGGAUUCGGGAGAGGAGCCUCGGGGGGAGGCUGAGGCCCCCCACCAUGGCACGGGUCAGCCCGAGUCAGCUGGUGAGCAUGCCCUAGAGCUUCCUGCCCCCGCUAGCGCUUUGGCCCGCGCGCCCGAAGCCCAGCUUCUUCCUUUUCCACGAGAACUGGCAGGGAGGUCAGCAGGCGGCUCCAGCCCCGAAGGUGGAGAAGAUUCUGACCGAGAAGAUGGAAAUUACUGCCCUCCGGUCAAGCGAGAAAGAACAUCCUCUUUAACACAGUUCCCGCCAUCACAGUCAGUAUCCAAAAACAAUGUUUUUAUGCCAUCCACCUUCUGCGAGCCAUCUGCAGGCAACUCUGACUCAGAACCAGAGGAAAAGAGCAGUGGGUUCCGGUUGAAGCCACCGACGCUGAUCCAUGGCCAGGCCCCCAGUGCAGGUCUGCCGAGCCAAAAGCCCAAGGAGCAGCAGCGCAGCGUGCUUCGCCCGGCGGUAUUACAGGCCCCGCAGCCAAAGGCGCUCUCACAGACAGUCCCGAGCAGCGGCACCAACGGGGUCAGCAUCCCAGCAGACUGCACGGGGGCAGCAACAUCAGCCUUGCCUGACAACCCAGCCCGGAGAAGUCCAUCUGAUGAGGCGCCAGCACUUGAGAAGUCCCAGAGAAAUGAGUCUAGCAGUGCUUCCGAGGAGGAGAACUGUGAGAAGAAAGAGCAGGGAGCCCAGCAGGCUUUCGUGUUUGGGCAGAACUUGAGGGACAGAGUGAAGUUGAUCAAUGAGAACACUGAAGUGGCAGACAUGGAGAACACCGGACACCCCAGUUCAGAGACGCCAGCUGCAACCAACUAUUUCCUUCAGUAUAUCAGCUCCAGUUUAGAGAAUGCAGCCAACAGUGCCGAUGCUGCCAGCAGCAAAUUCGUGUUUGGCCAGAACAUGAGUGAGCGCGUGCUGAGCCCGCCCAAGUUAAAUGAACUCAGCUCAGAUGCCAACAGAGAAAACACAGCAGCAGAGUCUGGCUCCGAGUCCUCGUCGCAGGAGGCCACCCCUGAGAAAGCUAAUCACAUUGCAGAGUCCCUGGCCGAGUCAGCAGCCGCCUACACCAAGGCGACGGCACGGAAGUGCCUGCUAGAGAAGGUGGAGGUCAUCACUGGGGAGGAGGCCGAGAGCAACGUGCUGCAGAUCCAAUGUAAGCUGUUUGUCUUUGACAAGACCUCUCAGUCGUGGGUGGAAAGAGGCCGGGGGCUGCUCAGACUCAACGACAUGGCGUCCACUGACGACGGGACGUUGCAGUCCCGACUAGUGAUGCGGACCCAGGGCAGCCUGCGACUAAUCCUUAACACCAAGCUGUGGGCCCAGAUGCAGAUGGACAAGGCCAGCGAGAAGAGCAUCCGCAUUACGGCCAUGGACACUGAGGACCAGGGUGUGAAGGUCUUCCUGAUCUCGGCCAGCUCCAAGGACACCGGCCAGCUCUACGCGGCGCUGCACCACCGCAUCCUGGCCCUACGCAGCCGCGUGGAGCAGGAGCAGGAGGCCAAGGCACCAGCCCCCGAGCCUGGGGCCGCCCCAUCCAACGAGGACGACAGUGACGACGACGAUGUGCUGGCCCCGUCGGGGGCCCCUGCAGGCGGCGCUGGCGAUGAAGGCGAUGGGCAGACGGCCGGGAGCACAUAG